CAUUAGAAUGUGUCUGUAUGAUGUGCUAGGUCUGGACGAGGCGGAGAUGAGAGCGGAGGAGCGGUGGGAGGCAGCAAGAUGGCGUACCAGACUUUCCGGCAGGAGUACAUGCAGAUACCCCCAGUGACCAGAGCGUACACCACGGCUUGUGUGCUCACCACAGCUGUAGUGCAAUUAGAAAUCAUCACACCGUUUCAGCUAUAUUUCAACCCAGAACUGAUAUUUAGACAUUACCAGGUAUGGCGACUAGUCACAAACUUUUUGUUUUUUGGACCAGUUGGAUUCAAUUUUUUAUUUAAUAUGAUUUUUCUAUAUAGAUACUGUCGGAUGCUUGAAGAAGGAUCGUUUCGUGGUCGUACAGCAGAUUUUGUAUUUAUGUUCCUUUUUGGUGGCCUUUUAAUGACUAUCUUUGGCCUUUUUGUCAAUCUAGUUUUCCUUGGGCAAGCUUUUACAAUAAUGCUUGUGUAUGUAUGGAGCAGAAGAAAUCCUUAUGUUCGAAUGAACUUCUUUGGGCUUCUGAAUUUUCAAGCCCCAUUCCUUCCGUGGGUUCUCAUGGGCUUUUCAUUGUUGCUGGGGAAUUCAAUUAUUGUGGAUCUCUUAGGUAUUGCAGUCGGACACAUCUAUUUCUUUUUAGAGGAUGUGUUUCCUAACCAACCAGGAGGAGGAAGGAUUUUAAAAACUCCAUACAUUUUGAAGGCAAUAUUUGAUACACCAGAUGAAGACCCAAACUACAACCCACUGCCAGAAGAUCGUCCUGGUGGAUUUGCUUGGGGAGAAGGACAACGACUUGGUGGUUAAAUAAAAAGUUGCCAACAGGAGAAAGUGGCACACGGGAGAAUGCACAUUGCCCUGUUGCAGAGAUAACUUGAAGUUCUCCAGAACAGGAAGCACUUUAAAAUUCACUGACUGACGCAAGGAGACAUUUUCAUUUUCCCACCAGUGCCUCCCAGUACAGGAUUGUUUGCAAUGGUACUUGAAGCUCUUGGGCCGUAAACUGGAAAUAUGGAAACCGAUACUAUUCAACCAGACCAUGCAGACUUCUCUGUUGCUUUUUUAACAUUUGUGUGUGUUUUCUUUAUUUUUGAUACAGAAAAGAGAUCACAGUCUUUAAGGACACUGGCAAUGUCCUGAUUUUGGCAGUGUGCAACCACAGACUUUAGCGCAGAGAAGCCUGUGCAAAAGCCAAUGGACUCCUUGCAAAUUAUGCACAAAAUAGGGGGUCACGCAACAACAGCCAUUCCUCUACUGUGUGACAGAAGAAAAGAUGCUUAUUAUAUAUACAUAUGCUACGACCUUAGACCAACUUGUUCAAGCAGUGACACAAACCUGACUGUGCUGUCUGAUUUCUUGCUUUGAAUAUCAAAAUGACAACUCAUUUUGUUAUUGCAUUUCAUUAGAAUGAUGGAGAUCUUGAAAAAGAUGGUGUAUUAUAAUAUAUUUUAUAUGCACAAUAAAGCCACUGAAGUUGUGCUUUUAACACAGCAUUUUAAAUGUACAGGCAACUAUUAACAAAAUCAAAAAGCCCCCUUAGACUAGAACAGGGAUGCCCAACCUGCGGUCCUCCAGCUGUUGCCAAACUAAACUCCCGGCAUGUCUGGGCAGCCUAUAACUAUUAGGGCAUGCUGGGAGUUGUAGUUUUGCAACAACUGGAAGGCCGUAGGUUAAGCAUCCCUCGACUAGACCUUAGGCUAGAUGGUCUAAAGAUGUGCUGGAUUUAUCACAGUGGUUGAUGCUGGAUGAUAAAUUUGGUGCAUCAUUAGACUGUCUAGUCCGAGUUUACCCCACUUAUUAGUUGGCUUACGUACACCAGAAUCAUGCGGCACUAUAUUGGAGCUUAAAGUGUCAAUGAACGUUCAAAAAACUGUUGAAAUGUCAGAGACCUAUCAAAGAAAUUGAUCAGUGAGGAUCUAAGGCUAGUUUCACACUAGCAGCAGCCGCCUUCUCUGGUGGGUGAACAGACUGCUGGACCCGUACUGCUGCUAGCGCACGCGUGCCGCAAUAGG